GGCAACAUACGCACCGCCCCUUCUAAAAACAGCCAAUCAGAUGCCAGGAUAGAACUUGGGGCCCCGGACGGGAAAGCUUUACCCAUUCACGCUUUAGAUGUAAAAGAUCACAUCUUCGACUAACCCAUUCAUCAGUAUUCCAUCAGCGAUGGAAGAAGACCUCAACUUUUCGAUAUCUGGAAAAACGGUCAUAGCUCAGGCGAACCUACGAGAUGAAACUUUCUGGAAGCUUGUGGCUGACUUCUAUGGCUCCCAAGCUGGCUUGGAGUUGGACCUCGACACGCAGCGAUGCAAAAACAGACUUUUGGUUCAAGUGGGACUCAUGCGAGAGGACAACCAUCUGACCUGGGAUGCGGUGGUGGAGUGGCUGAAGAAGAUCUUUCCGGAACACCAAUCUGCCUUCUUUCAAGGCCUGAUAGAAACCGGCAUCGCCACUACCUUGAGUUUAGGAACUGACGCGCGACGCACCUUCCUGGAAUCAGAGGUCAACUUUAACUUUGUUGGCCCACUGUGUGAUAUCAUCGGGGUUGAAAGAACUGCUCUUUUGGAGAAGGCAGAUUUUUCGGAGCAGGCCCAGUCUAUUGAAGUCACAAACGGGUUGAUUCUUGAGCUGUGCAAUUUCGCUGCCAGGGAAAAACUUGAGCUGAGGAAUUUAACAUUCUGGCUUAGAAACUUCCAUCCACUGUUUUGCAAGGAUGGAGAUAUUCAGAAGGCAUACAAAGUCCUGAGGCCGAAAAUAAGACAAUUGAGGCUGAAUUACCGCAAUUACAAGACAAGGAGUUAUAGGAGAAAUACAGCAAUGGAGACACUGAUUCAAAGUCCGUUUGAGCUGGUGCGUGAAGGGCGCAAACUCAACACAAAGAAACGGGUCAAAAAGGAUAUUUCACUGGUCAUGGAAAAACCCAAAAUCAAGAAAGAGCAUGUUAAUUGCGAAACAUUUUCAAAAACGCAAGACGAAGAGGGAUCUAUCUUUGGCCUAAAUUCCGACGUGGGGAACCUACAAGUUAAAGUUGAGGAGAUGCCUCUCAGCAUCGAUCGUAAUUCUACAGAUGAUGAGCAAAAAACAAUAACUCUGCUGGACAUUGCUAUGUUAAAUAUUCAAAAACUGGCAUCUGUGUAUCGCGGGGAAACCGAUGCUUUCAAGGAGCUCUCGCUGGAUCUUUUAAAAAACCAAUACAACUUAUGCAAAGAACUCCCAGACAUGAAAGAGUUUGAGAGCAAAGUCAAUGUGCUUGCGAAAGCCAUCCCUUUGGCGUCCCCUCUGGAGUUUCUACACCACAACGCACAUUUUCUUGUGGACUUGCACGAGGUGAUCGAACAGGAGCUGAUGAGUGUGGAGGACGCGACGGCAAAGUCCAGUGGAAAAAAGUUGGGCAGAGACGGUAACCCCAAGUUCGAGAGAUUUGUGGAUUUCCCUGAAAGUGCCACCUCACGUUACGUCCACAUGGCCUGCGAAGUGUUGAGCCCGGAUGAUUCCGGUCGGAGCUGCUACAUGAACCACUGGAUUGCGUUCUGCGAGGAGAAGGGGAAUCCUUCGAAACUCAAAGGUAGCCCUUGGGAGAUACUCGACUCCCACAGCUACUUUGAAGCAGCCGCAGGCCUCGUCCACCACCACGAGGAAAUCCCCUCAUUUUUCUCAGAUCUGCUUCUGUUGAACGACGACGACUGUCCCAACGUCGUCCUGGAGAGUGUCAACAGCGACGCCACCGAUGACGUCAUACAGAGUCUUGUGUGUGUGCUGGCGGUCGUCCACUGCAAAAUACUGGGCCCUUACUACCAACUACUGAGCAGCGGCGGUGAGUACGGCCUCUUCUGCCACUACAUACUCUGCCUCUACCAGAAGCUCCUUGAGUGGACCAAGAACCCCUCGAUGCUCAUGGAGCCGGAGGCGGAAGUGAACAUGUUUCUGCAGGAUCCGCUGCAAGAGAGAACCUUCCACCGGGUCUUCCAAUACUGCGGCAGGUGGCAUCCAAACCAAGACCUGAUCAGGAACUGUCUGAAGAACAUCUUGAAGCGGAUCGCCAUGGUUUUGGAUGAACACUUGUUGGAUUUCCUGCCCGGGGGGAAGUACUCUCCACCCCCACAGGAGGAGGUGGGCAUUCAGAUCACCGGCUGCCCAUUUUCGGCCUUGUGUAGGGAAUACCCCUUUAGCAAUCCGUACCUAAGAAAGAUUCCCAGAAGGCAACAGCUUCCGUUGUCGUCGGAAAGCUCUUCGGAGGAUGACGAUUCCUUGGAUACGUCCGGUGUGGAGGAGGAUGACGAGCCGAUUCGGAACGGCUCGCCUGGCGCCAAACGGGCCCGUGUCCUGAAGACAAUCAAUUGGGAGGAGAAGGACGGAGGGGCGACACCCAAACCCGACCCUGAGGUCGCUGAACCAAGACGCACCUUGAAUACGAAUAGAAAAUACGUAAUGGCCGCGGUGAAUAGAAACGGGGGGCCGUGUAAGACCCAGCAGGACGUCGACAAGCUGCUCUUGCGCUUCGAAUCUAAGUCUGGCGCCGAGAAAGUUGAGGCCCUGCGCUGUGAAGUUCUGUACCAGAAGAUGGUCCUGGACAAUAACGACCCCAACUUGGAUAUCUCUUUUGACGGUGCUGUGUACGCCUCGAGCAUAUCUCCAAAACUCAAACUGGCUCUACCUCGGGUGAAACCUGGGUACAGUUUUGUCUUGAGCCCCCCCAGCCAGGCCAAUUGACGUUCCCAGACGAACGCAGGGUCAAUGGCUAACAGUUGAAAUUCGAGUACUGAAGAGCAAAGGGAACUUAUUCGAUGUUAAACAAUAAUGGGAGAAUAAUAUGUUCAGUACUUUGUGUUUUUAAAAAGAAAAAUGUUUGGUUUUAUGUGGGGAAAGUCCACAUAAUUAGGAAAAUAAUGUUACUUACAGUGACUUGGCAUGUUAGUCAAUCAUGUUUCGACUGCAAUGAAAUGAGGCGGUCCACCUAAAAGAUGGCAAUCAUUCAGCUAGCAUAGAGUGACCAUGGAAAUAAGUGCUUGCACUUUGUCAUGUUUUUUCUUAUAUCCCUUGGAUAUGUUUUUAUCCAAAUAAAUCAAAUCAAAUCCAACCAUUACUGUUACCAUUUUCUAACUUCAAUUUUCAAUGUAUUGACUUUGUAUGUAUGUCGAUUUGUACGCCUGUGAAAUUACUGUGCAAUAUCAUAUGCAAAUGUCAUUAAAACCUCAAAAAUG